AUGGGUAAAAAGAGAAAGGCCGGCGGUCGCCCAGCGGGCAACAAGACCAAUAAAGAAGAAACGUACAAAUUCGAUAUCGAGGAGAGAUUCGACGAUUCCGAGGAUGAAUUUCAAGCCGGUCGGGACCAGAUCUUGCUAGACGAAGCGCCGGAGGCGAAGAGACGGCGCAAAGUCGCAGAGGAUGAGGAAGCGCUUCAACUAUCGGACGAGGAGAUCCUGGGCUACGAGUCCGUCGACGAAGACGAAGACCUGGAGGAUGACGAUAUGGACGAGGCCGAAUAUGACGACGAUGAGGACGAACUAGAGCAACUUACCUCGAAAUCCAAGAAGAAGCGAGGUGGAGAUUCUGGGUCUGAAGACGAGGAAGAGGGCCUUGCCGCCUGGGGCUCCUCCAAGAAGGAUUUCUACAAUGCGGAUCAGAUUGAAACGGAAGCUGACGCCCUGGAAGAAGAGGAAGAGGCGAAGAGGCUCCAACAGAAGCAUCUGCAGGAGAUCAACGAGGAGGACUUUGGUUUCGACGAGACAGAAUGGGCCGAGUCCGGCAAAGACGAAGCGAAGGACGACUCUGGCGCGGUGACCGAGGUUCUGCCACAGCUGGAGGUUACAGAUGACAUGAGCACCGAGGAGAAGUUGAAGAUAUUGAAGUCAAGAUACCCCGAGUUCGAGCCUUUGGCCAAGGACUUCGUCGACCUUCAACCCACGUACAACGAGCUCACAAACGCAGUCAAGACCGCCAGUCCUAUUGUUACAGAAGACGAUGUGGAUCGUGCCCCCGUUGCCGUAAUCAAACACCGCGCUCUAUCAGCUUAUCUGGGGGCAAUCAGCAUGUACUUUAUGCUCCUAACCUCUGCCAACGACUCCUCCGACAACCUCACAACAUUAUCUCCCGCUCAAUUACGAUCACACCCAGUCAUGAAUUCACUCGUCAAGUUCCGGAAGCUCUGGGAAACCGUCAAGGACAUUACUGAAGCUGAGGCUACACCUCGGAAAGACGUUGAGGAAGACAUUGAGAGUGACAUGGAUGUCGAUGUUCCCGAAGUCGACGCAACAGAAGUCAAGACACCCAAGGAGAAGAGGAAGAAGCUCUCCAAAGCACAACGCGCCGCUGAAGCCGCUAGGGCGGAAGCCGAGGCUCGAAGAGCGAAGAGACUCGAAGAGACCGAAGCCAACCUCGCCGGCUUAUCGAAACUCGUUUCGGAGCCCACCCGGAAACGUACUAGCCAGAAGGCAAAGGCCCCGACAAAGGAUGACGACUCCGACUUCGGUGACGAGGAUGCUCUUACCGCCAAAGAAGCCGAAGAGAAGGCCAAACAGAAGCGCUCUCUUCGCUUUUACACCUCUCAGAUCGCCCAGAAGUCCAACAAGCGCACUGCGGCUGGUCGUGAUGCGGGUGGUGAUGCGGAUAUUCCUUACCGCGAACGCCUGCGUGAUCGCCAGGCUCGCUUGAACGCAGAGGCUGAGAAGCGCGGUAGAUCACAGGCACAAGGCGCUGAGCAGCUCGGUGGCGAUAGUGACGACGAAGACCGACGAGUCGCUCACGAGCUCAGGAAGGGUGACAACGACGGCUCAGACGAUGAUGACUACUACGACAUGGUCGCAGCCCGCACCAACAAGCGCAAGGCUGAUAAGAAGGCCUUCGCGGAGGCUCAGGCAGCCGCCGCCCGUGAGGGAGGCCACGUCGAGAUCCAGGAAGAGAUUGGUCCCGACGGAAAACGUGCCAUCACGUAUCAAAUCGAGAAGAAUAAGGGUCUUGCGCCGAAGCGUAACAAGCUCAAUCGCAACCCGCGUGUCAAGAAGAGGAUGCGCUUCGAGGAUAAGAAAAAGAAGCUUGGUAGUGUCCGCCAGGUCUACAAGGGCGGCGAGGGCCGCGGUGGGUAUGCUGGUGAACUUACUGGCAUCAAGAAGAACUUGGUCAAGAGUACUAAGCUCUAG